AUGCGACGCCUAUUUGAAGCAGAGUGCACCGUGUACGCGAUGCGCCAAACUAAGACUCCGAUGUAUCAUCUCCGACGGGUUCCAGCGAGAGCACAAGCGCCAUCGCAAUCUCCGUCAUUGUCCCAACACCACCCCCUACCGCGUUCCAUCUCUCUGGGGCCGACGUUGCCGAGAAUCGAGGCAGGGCCGGGAGAUCGUCUUUCGGAUCCAACUGUGCCGCGUGUUUUGAAUAAUGUUACUGUGGUAGCGGAAGAGAUUGACGAGAUAUUUGAACUUUUUUUCCAGCAGUAUGCCCAAUUCGUUCCUAUACUAGACCCGCAGACUACACCAAACGCGUUCUACGCUCAAUGCCCGCUCAUCUUCUGGGCUGUAAUCGGUAUAGCCUCCCGGACAUACCCAAGGAACCCGACUUUGUACGUCGCCUUAGCGCCUAGCAUCAUGGAAAUGGCCUGCCUGGCAAUAACGUCAACCUCAGCUCCCUCACACAUUAUCCAGGGACUUGUCCUUGUCCUGUCCUGGCCAUUUCCUAAGGACACUACUCGAUCCGAAUUGACGUUCCCUUUGGCGGGCAUGCUGCUGCACAUCGCCAUGCAGAACGGACUUCAUAUCCCAAUGUCCAGUCAUGAGUUUGCGAGAAAGAAACUCCCCAUGCCGUCGGAAGCAGACAUGGUUCGGCGGGCUGAGCUUUGGGCGCAUUGUAUGAUCAUAUAUCAACGUGCUUGCGUAAUGAAGGGCCACCCGCCCCGUUGCCUGGGGGAGCUGGAGCAUGAUAUCUCACAGCGCCAGUGCCUACACCAGAAAAUAUCACCGCCACUGGCGUUGCAGAUAAGGUGCCAAGAGCUAGUGGCACGAUGUAGUGCAGCAGUUCUCGAGCUUGGAGUCCGCACCAUGACUCCUGAACAAGAAAGGUCUUUGGAUAUCCUUCUGCGUACUUACGAGGGCCAGAUUGCGGAUCUCGAGGCCCAAGCCGCUUCAGUGGACGAUCGAUUGCAUACAACCUUGUCUCUUCUGUGCAUUCAGUCUUUGCACUUUCUUAAAAACUAUACCAUGAUAUCCACCAAUUGCUCGCCACGCAUUGUGAAUACGGCAUGCACGGUUAUCGAUCUCGUGGAUAGUCUCGCGCAACGCCUGCCGUGUUUGCCAGUGGCACCCUUUCAUGUGUAUUCUGGAGUCCUCCUGUCGUCCUGCUGUAUUCUGCGAAUUCUCAAAGGGUCCACUUCACAGGGGGUGGACGUUGACAGAGCGCGGAACUCGUUCUUCACCUCUAUAAACCUGGGAAAACAGAUGACCGUGGGCAGCAAUGAUAUGGCAGCGAAGAUGGUCUUGGUCUUGAAUCAAUUAUGGAACAGCAGCAAGGCUUUCCGUAAGCCCGACGGGGUUGAAUCAACCGCACUGCGUAUCCGGAGCAGGCUCGUGGUUAGUCCCGUCGUAGACGCCGUAUGGUGGUGGCGGGAUGAAUUUGACCCGCAUGGAACCGAUGCCAGCCGGGAUCACGUUACAGGCACAUCAAAGGCUGCUACUAGCUGUGCGGAGCGACAAGACCCUAGCCUUUUUGAUGAUCAGUUCCUUGCAGAUUUCGAAUGGGCUCUUGGAGACGAGGGCCUGUUUCUGCCUACAGAACCCUACGGUACAUGGCCGUCUAGCGGAGCUGCUCUUCCGUGA